AAAUUGAAAAUAUUUUCUACCUUUUGAAUUAGAAUAACGUCGUUGUUCUAUACAGAUGAAUAGCUGUUGGAAAACUGUUAGAAAGUUGGACAAGCUUCGAAAACCUGUACCGUCAGAUAUUGAUAUUGCACAGUCGGUAGAACCGUUAUCCAUCAAAGAGAUUGGUGACGCAAUAGGUCUCAAGGAUAACGAAAUUGACUUGUAUGGUCCCUCUAAAGCCAAAGUGCAUCUCUCCGUUUUGGAGAGGUUAAAAGAUCGAGAUGAUGGAAACUAUAUUGUGGUUGGAGGCAUCACUCCAACGCCCUUAGGAGAAGGAAAGAGCACAACAACUGUAGGCUUAAGUCAGUCACUUGGAGCACACCUGGGAAGAAAAGUCUUUACUUGUGUGAGACAACCCUCCCAAGGUCCCACUUUUGGUAUAAAAGGAGGUGCAGCAGGUGGUGGAUAUUCACAGGUCAUUCCUAUGGAAGAGUUCAAUUUACACCUGACCGGUGAUAUUCAUGCCAUCGGUGCUGCCAACAAUCUACUCGCUGCAGCAAUAGACACUCGUAUGUUUCAUGAAGCUACCCAGUCCGAUGAAGCACUAUUUCGCAGACUUUGUCCCCCCAAUAAGGACGGUUCUCGUCGAUUCGCACCUGUCAUGCUACAGAGACUGGAGAAACUGGGUAUCCAUAAAAGAGAUCCCAACGAACUGACUGCUGAGGAGAGAGCAAAGUUUGUGCGUUUGGACAUUGAUCCCGAAACUAUUACUUUUAGACGCGUUGUUGACGUCAAUGACCGAUUUCUACGUAAGAUUACUAUUGGCCAGAGUGACACAGAAAGGGGUCAUGAACGUGUUACUGGAUUCGAUAUAACGGUAGCUUCAGAAAUCAUGGCAGUAUUGGCACUAAGUACAAGCCUAAAAGACAUGCGUGAAAGACUUGGUAAAAUGGUAAUUGGCACAUCAAGAAAUGGAGAUCCUAUUACAGCAGAUGACUUGGGCAUCGGUGGUGCUCUCACUGUGCUGAUGAAGGAUGCAAUUAUGCCAAAUCUGAUGCAGACCUUGGAAGGGACUCCAGUUUUUGUUCAUGCAGGUCCAUUUGCAAACAUAGCUCAUGGAAAUUCUUCGGUUAUUGCAGAUAUGUUGGCGUUGAAAUUGGUAGGCAAAGAUGGAUAUGUUUUGACAGAAGCUGGUUUUGGUGCGGAUAUUGGUUUGGAAAAGUUCGUCAAUAUCAAAUGCCGGGCUUCAGGCUUGCUUCCCAACUGUGCUGUGAUUGUGGCGACCAUUCGAGCUUUGAAAAUGCAUGGUGGUGGUCCACAAGUGACUGCAGGGGCACCACUUCCUCAUGAGUAUACUCAGGAAAAUUUGCAACUGGUAGAAAAUGGAAUGUGCAAUUUAAAAAGGCAUAUAUCCAACACGAGAGCUUUUGGUAUUCCUGUGGUUGUUGCUUUAAACAAAUUUCAAUACGAUACAGACUCAGAAAUACAGCUCGUGAUAAAGAGCUGUAAGGAAGCAGGCGCCUUUGAUGCAGUUUUGGCAGAUCACUGGGCACAAGGUGGUCAGGGUGCCACAGAAUUGGGGGAAGCAGUCAUUCGUGCUUGCCAAUUCGCAAAGUCUCCCUUACGUUUUAGCUAUCGGUUGGAAGAUUCUUUGAUAGAGAAGAUAAACGCCGUAGCAAAAAAUGUUUACAAAGCAAAAGACGUUGAAUUUUCGGAAGAAGCAAAAAGGAAGGUAGACAGGUAUCAGUCUCAAGGGUUUGGCAAUUUACCCAUUUGUGUUGCAAAAACUCAAUACAGUUUCUCAGCGGAUGCAUCUCUAAAAGGUGCUCCGGAGAACUUCACUUUGCCUAUCAGAGAUGUGCGUUUAAGUGCUGGCGCAGGGUUCGUUUAUCCUUUGUGUGGCGAAAUGCAAACUAUACCUGGGUUGCCAACAAGACCAGCAUAUUACGAAAUUGAUUUAGACCCAGAAACGGGCAAAAUAGUGGGAUUGUCUUGAUGCUUAAAAUAUAAGUUUAUGGUUCAUCGUAAACAGUCAAAUCAUACAUGAGACAAAUACAAACUAUGACUACUCAAAGGAUACCUCGAUCUUCUGUGACUCCGACUUCUCGACAUGCUUCUUAGGCACCGUUAUGGUCAAUAUUCCAUCUUUACACGAUGCUUUGAUUCCUUGCUUAUCAAUCUGUUUUGGUAGCCUUAUGCUCCUUUCAAAUUUUCCGUAACUUCUCUCCAUCCUGUGAAAGACUGUCCCUUCUCGUUCUUCAUCGGAUUUCUUUUCAUCUGCUCUCUCCCCAGAAACACUCAAAAUAUCUCCUUUCAAAUCAACUUUUAUGUUUUCCCUAGGCACACCAGGUACUUCCGCUUUGACCAGAAACGCAUCUUCUUUUUCCAUAAGGUCGAUUCUUGGAGACCAUAACUGAGACUCUGAGUUGCUGGAUCUAGGCACCAAGUUCCAGGUAUCACGAAAGAAGGGGUCAUUUGUCCAUGAAAACAAGUCACCAAAGUUGCUAUCAAAGAAACGACCAGGUCGUACCAACUCGCUCAUAAGUUGUCAACUACUCUUUCGAAAUCCAAUGCAACGAAAAGAUAGUUUGGCAUAGGUAUUUAAAAUCUAAUCCGA